AUGAACAGAACAAAGGACUACAAGAGGAUUAAAAGAACAAAGGACUGCAAGAGGAUGAACAGAACAAAGGACUGCAAGAGGAUGAACAGAACAAAGGACUGCAAGAGGAUCAACAGAACAAAGGAAUGCAAAAGGAUGAACAGAACAAAGGACUGCAAGAGGAUCAACAGAACAAAGGACUGCAAAAGGAUGAGAACAAAGCACUGCAAGAGGAUCAACAGAACAAAGGACUGCAAGAGGAUCAACAGAACAAAGGACUGCAAGAGGAUGAACAUAACAAAGGAAUGCAAAAGGAUGAACAGAACAAAGGACUACAAGAGGAUGAACAGAACACAUGAAUGUAAACGAAUGAAAAGAACACAUGUGAGUAAAAGGAUGAACAGAAAAAAGGAAUGCAAAAGGAUGAACAGAACAAAGGACUGCAAGAGGAUGAACAGAACAUAUGGAUGUAAAAGAUUGAACAGAACACAUGGAAGAAAAAGGAUGAACAGAACACAUGUGUGUAAAAGGAUGAACAGAACAAAGGACUGCAAGAGGAUGAACAGAACAUUUGGAUGUAAAAGAAUGAACAGAACACAUGGGUGUAACAGGAUGAACAGAACAGAGAAGUAA